GACUAUUCUGAAAAUCAUGUUGACACAUUACACAAGAAAAACUUGCUUUCUCUUGGUGAAGAUCGUUACUUGACUACCUUAAUGAUGAAAUACUUUCCUCAAUACAAGAUGAAAUUCACACCUUAUGCUAUGUGUAAGACAGUCGCCCCGACAAGUGGCGUGUGCUUCUUUCUCAACGUCGUCGUUGGAUUAACUCUACAAUUCACAACUUGUGUGAAGUUGUCAUGUUGCCUGACCUCUGUGGCUUCUGUUGUUUCUCUAUGCGUUUUGUUGUGUUGACUGAUUUGAUUGGUACAAUUACCUUGCCAGUUUCUUUUGCUUAUUUGGUCUAUUUGAUUUAUGUGAUUGCUUCUGGAUCAGGUCCUCUUCCAGUUCUUGCUCUUGCAAUGAUUGCUGGUUCUUAUGGUCUUCAAAUUCUUAUUUUUAUCCUCAAGCGUCAAUGGCAACAUAUUGGUUGGAUGUUCUUUUACAUCUUUUCGCUUCCUUUCACUUCCUUUAUUUUGCCCAUCUAUUCUUUCUGGCACUUUGAUGAUUUCUCUUGGGGUAACACACGUGUGGUUGUGGGUGAUCAACAACGAAAGAUUAUUGUGACAGACGAAGAAAAGUUUGAUGAAAAAAUGAUUCCUAUGAAGAAAUGGAGUGUUUAUGAACAAGAAUUAUGGGAAAUGGGUUCCCAUGCCUCUGGACAAACAGGCAUGACUGGUAACACUUACUCUAGCUAUAACAAGGGUGGUAUAGUGCCUCCAGGAUAUGAUGCUCGCAGUCAAUACUCUGGUUCUGUAGCAGGCGGCGAUUUUGAUUAUUAUCGUGAUUCCAAGAUUGGCGAGAAGCUAGGACGUAAUACUAGACAAUCAUCUUAUGCCUACAACACAGCAGGCCCAGGUUCUGUUGUUGGAUCUGAAUAUGGAAGCAACAACAUGAUUCCUAUGGGUGACUAUGGCAACCGCAGUAUGAUGGCUACACCACCACCUGGCAUGCCUAUGCGUCCUAUGUCCUACGCCAGUGCUGAUUAUAUGAGUCAAAUUCAACCCAUGAUGGGUCCCAACAUGUACAAUAACCCUAUGUCGUUUGACCCUAAUACUAUGGGAGCACCCUCGCCAGCAUUUAACCAAGGCCAGCGCAACUCUUCUUUUGAUCACGUAAGCACCUUUUCUUCACACAUGAUAAACCAACAGCCAGCUGAAUACGAUAUACCCAUGGGCAACGUGAGUCAAGUAUCCGUUCCACCAAUGAUGCCUGCUGGUUUCCCUGCAGAUGAUGAAAUUUUGCAUGAAAUUAGAAAUAUUUUAGCGACAGCAGAUUUGAUGAGUAUUACAAAGAAACAAGUUCGUGAACAAUUAUCCCAAAUCUUUGGCUGUGACAUGAGUUUUAAGAAGGAAUUCAUUAAUAGUAGCAUAGAGCAAAUCCUUCAAGGACACUUAUAAUCUUAAAAGAAAACUUCGUACAUAUAUAUAUAUAAAAAAAAAGAGUUUUUUAAAUGGUAUUUAUUAUUUAGGCGGUAUGUUCUCCAAUUUCAGAGAUAACUGUUUGAGCUUCUUGAAAUUCAUCCAAGUCAGCAUUUUCAGCAUUUUCCUAUGAACCUGAAUCAUCUGAUGUGUCUCUGCAAGAACUUCUUUCUGUUUUUUUUUCUGGUGUUAUUGGUAUUAUUUUGGAACAUGGUUAGUACUUGCCUGUUUCUUGAUAUCUGCUUCAUCAGCAUUUUCUGCAAUAAGCUUGUCAAUACGCUUUU